UCACUUUCCGGGCACCUCGCAUCCACCGCCCAGUACCUAGGUACUAAGCUGUCCAGGACUCCAGUGCUCCAGCACCAUGGAUGGCACAAUAGAACGGACCACCUUGGUAAGAGAAGACCAAGUACCGUUUCUAGAGUAUCCAUCGCCUCGGCAGGGCGACCUCGGCCGCCGGCAAUGUUUGAUUUUCCUCAUUCCCGGCAACCCCGGCCUGGUCGCCUACUACGAGCCGUUCAUGAAGACCUUGCGCGAGCUGCUGGACGAAAAGGAGGCCAAGGAAGGGUGUGGGUAUGCAUUUCACCUCUGCGGGCGGAACCUGCUGGGCUUUGAUGACGCAGACCACGAGCCGGCCUUCGGAGCUGCCGCCGACGGCGUACCGACUGAGCCAUUCUCCCUCGAGGAGCAGAUCCAAUGGUGCUGCCGGCAGGUUCAGCAGGCCAACAGCUCCGCCUUGGGUGACGGGAGGGUGUUUGACGACGUGGUGCUCAUCGGGCACUCCGUGGGCGCCUACAUCUCGCUCGAGAUAUUCAACCGCCAUCACCAAGCGCGACGGCAACACCCCAGCACUCCUCCAGGCCUGCUGGGCAGCGUCAAGCUCCGAGCCGGCAUCCUGCUCUUCCCGACCGUCUCGCACAUCGCCCAGUCCAGCAGCGGGCAGAAGCUCGACCUCAUCCGCCGGACGACGUUCCUCGACCGAUUUGCCCACCACAUCGCCAAGGGCUUCGCCGACUUGUGGCCGCGCUGGGUGCUCGGCGCCAUCGUCCGCCGCAUCAUGGGGUUUCCCGAGCACGCCGCGGCCGCAACGCUGCGCUUCCUCGGCAGCAGGGACGGCAUCUGGCAGGCGCUGCACAUGGGCAAGGACGAGAUGAGGACGAUCACCGAGGAAAAGUGGAGCGAGGAUCUCUGGGAGAUACAGGAAGCGGAGGAGGAGGAGCAGACUGGCCUGCGGACAAAGUUCUUCUUUUACUUUGCCAAGUCCGACCACUGGGUCGCGGACGCGUGUAGGGACGAGUUCAUCGAGAAGAGGAAUCGGCACGAGAAGGGCAGGACCAAGAUCGUGAUUGAUGAGGAGAAUGUUCCUCACGCGUUUUGCAUCCACCACAGCGAGUUGAUGGCGGAGAAGGUCAAGCUCUGCAUCGAGGACAUUGCAGGUCUUUGAGCUGCCGCUUGCUCACCGAGCCAUCUUCAAACGACAGGGUCAGGCACCAACGAAAUUACCGGAUCCGCGUCCCGUCGCCCUGUG